AUGUGGGGUUCGACUUCGAUGCGGAAGCCCGGUGCCAUCGCAGCUCUGCUCAUUUUUAUAGAAUGGCACUGCCGACCGAUUAAUUGCGAGGAUUUCGAUACCGGCCUGGACGUCUCAAGUCUUUUUGUAUCUCAGAACCAAUCAUCAGGCGCUCAACACAGUGCUCGAUGGACUGACGAUAUUGACCCUGCUUGCUCCUCCAAAAGUCAAACAAAUGUUGAAGGUCUACCGAAGAGACUAAACCUAGUGGCACCAGCCUACAGAAGCCACAUGAUGUCCUGGACUCUUCUUUCAACUGCUGUUUCCCUUGCUCAGGAGAUAGGCUGCUUUAGUCAAGAUGUGCUGACCAACACUAUAACGGCAAGGCAGGAAGCUGUAUCUGGCUCUGUACGAUUAGAGUGGAAUCGGACUCUAUGUACCUUUAUCCACCUGACCGAUCAGAACCUGUCACUCCGUCUUAGACUCGAACCGCAGUUGCCAGGUACCAGGUGCGGCAAUAUGAUUAAUCAACUUCACCAGAGCUUCAGCAUUGAUAGCUUCUGGGAAAGUGCAAUUGAACUGGCCACUCACACAGGUAAGGCACGGGAACUAUUAUACUGUUGGAGAAGUGGUGAACUCGGCGUCCAAUCUCCUGUGCUGACCGCCUCGUGGGAGAGGUUCAGAAGAGGUCUUGAUCGGUGGAACAAGCAACAUGCUCCCAUGAGCAACGAGCGCGAUUUAUCAUUGCGCAGUGUAUGUCUCCGUCUAGAUUAUUUUUACAUCCGGCUUUGUGGUCUUAGUCCAGCAGCCCAUGUCUUUCAGGGUUCAUCUGGAGACUAUCAGAGAGAGCCCUACAUGUCAAUGUUGUCAGAACUUUCUGAUGAUGCUGUUAAGGCGUCGGUUGAUCUCCUGAAUUGUGUGACCCACGAUCUUCCUCUGUCAACAUUGUUCAAGUACGUCGGUGUCAGGUAUUGGCUGUACAUCGUCUGUGCCUCUUUAUUUCUUCUGAAGGCAACACUAAGAGUGGAGGAGCGACUGGAAGACGGUCACCCACAUAUCCUACUGAUACGUCAAGCUGUGCGAGCAGUCAAAGAGAAUGCUCCAGAUGACAUGCAUAUGUCCCAGCGUUAUGCAACCCUACUGGAUGUCUAUGUUAACGCAGCUCUACGAUCCCCACCAUCCGCGGUUAUAUCGCAAGACAUUUUCGGGUUGGAGUUCGACGACUCCAGCACCUCGAACUGUGACCAUUUUCAAGGCUCUACACUCGAUCAGGUGAGCAACAUAAUGUACGACUUCAGUUUCUCCAACUACCUGCCGGAUAUGGUGGGCCUGAACGACAUAUUUAGCUUUCUUCCCCCGGGGAGCGAUUGAUAACAAACGUUCAAAAUAAGAACUUACAUCAAUCUCACAAGGAACAGUUGGCGGCGUUGAUGAUCCAUCAAACAGAUACGAGUAAUGCAUGACCUAGA